UAAAAGAUGAUUGAUGAUCAAGCUUUGGGAUUUAUUGCCAACUAUCUUGGCAUCCUCAUUUUUGCUUUGGUUAUAGCAUAUCACUUGGUCACAGCAGACCCGAAAUAUGAAGCCAGCUAGAUACUUUGAAUUUUAUCAUGUAUCCAAGACACAAGUUUGAUGGAUUUCUGUUUUGUUGAUUUGAUCUGUUAGGUAAUGGAAUUUGUGCAAUUUCCCUAUAUAAGUGCUGCAAUAUGGUACACGCACGGCAUGCUUCGUAUGACAAUAGUGUCAUAUUUCUUCAUUCGUUUCAAUUUGUUCGGCAAAAGUAGUGUGGAGGUAUCAUUGUUGUUACAGUUCACUUUUAUCAGACGAAACACCAGAUUUUAUGAUUAGUAGUUCAUAAUUUCUGUAAAAUAUUAUGAACAACUGAAUUUUUCUAAUGUCCAG